AUGUCAACAGCAUCCUUCAACGCUGGCCAAGACCAGAGGAGAGCGAGACAGAGAGACAGAGAGAGAGUGAGAGCCAGAGGUGGAUCUCGUGACCCUUGCUUGCUUGCUUGCUUCUCCAGGCCUUCACAUCGCCGCCGCGUUGUGCUCCUCCUCCUCGGCUGCUUCCUGGGGCCACAUUUCCCCUCGCCUUGCACCAGAUCCCACUCUGCUCCGCUCCCGCACUGCCCUAGGGCUUCGCCACCAUGCCUGCCAUCAAUGGCGACCGUCUCUUCACCUUCGAAGAAGGUGAACAGGAGAGCGAGUAUGGAUACGUUCGCAAGGUCUCCGGGCCAGUGGUGGUAGCUGAUGGAAUGGGAGGAGCAGCUAUGUAUGAGUUAGUUCGUGUGGGACAUGAUAAGUUGAUUGGAGAGAUAAUUCGACUUGAGGGUGAUUCAGCCACUAUCCAAGUUUAUGAAGAGACAGCGGGAUUGAUGGUCAACGAUCCUGUUCUGCGGACACACAAGCCCCUGUCAGUCGAGCUUGGUCCUGGUAUUCUGGAGAAUAUCUUUGAUGGUAUUCAGCGACCUUUGAAGGCCAUUGCGCUUCAGUGUCAAGAUGUGUAUAUCCCCCGUGGAGUUGCAGUCCCUGCUCUUGAUAGGAAGAGGCAGUGGGAAUUCAAACCUAAAGGCUUGAGUAUUGGUGAUGCUAUUACGGGAGGUGAUUUAUACGGAACUGUCUAUGAAAACAGUUUGAUUGAACAUCAUCUCGGAUUGCCACCUGGUGCUAUGGGGAAAGUCACUUACAUCGCCCCUGAUGGAGAGUACUCGAUUGAGGAUGAAGUAAUUGAACUUGAGUUUCAAGGAGAGAAGAAAAGGUUUACCAUGCUUCAGGCAUGGCCUGUCCGAACACCAAGACCUGUUGCCGAGAAGCUUGCUGCUGAUACUCCUCUGCUCACUGGUCAGCGAAUACUGGAUGCUCUGUUUCCGUCUGUCCUUGGAGGUACCUGCGCCAUUCCUGGUGCAUUUGGUUGUGGGAAGACCGUCAUCAGUCAAGCACUUUCUAAGUAUUCCAACUCCAAUGCUGUUGUUUACGUUGGUUGUGGAGAGCGUGGGAAUGAAAUGGCUGAGGUGCUCAUGGAUUUUCCGCAAUUGACGAUGACCUUGCCUGACGGACGAGAGGAGUCUGUUAUGAAGCGGACCACUCUCGUGGCCAAUACAUCAAAUAUGCCUGUGGCUGCUCGUGAAGCUUCCAUCUAUACAGGUAUUACCUUGGCGGAGUACUUCAGGGAUAUGGGGUAUAAUGUCAGUAUGAUGGCGGACUCAACAUCUCGCUGGGCAGAGGCUCUUAGAGAAAUUUCCGGAAGGCUUGCUGAGAUGCCUGCUGACAGUGGUUAUCCAGCUUACCUUGCUGCAAGAUUAGCUUCUUUCUAUGAAAGAGCCGGGAAAGUGAAGUGUCUGGGAAGCCCGAAUCGUACUGGAAGUGUUACCAUUGUUGGAGCAGUGUCCCCUCCUGGUGGAGAUUUUUCAGACCCUGUCACAGCAGCUACCCUUGGUAUUGUUCAGGUGUUUUGGGGGCUCGACAAGAAACUUGCUCAGCGGAAACAUUUUCCAGCAGUGAACUGGCUCAUUUCCUACUCCAAGUACACGCAGGCUCUGGAGGGUUUCUAUGAAAACUUCGACUCUGAUUUUAUUGGUAUUAGAACAAAGGCCAGAGAGGUCUUGCAGCGAGAGGAUGAUUUGAAUGAGAUUGUUCAGCUUGUUGGUAAAGAUGCUUUGGCCGAAACGGACAAGAUUACUUUGGAAGUUGCUAAACUCUUGCGUGAGGACUACUUGGCACAGAACGCCUUUAGCAGUUAUGAUAAGUUCUGCCCAUUCUAUAAAUCAGUAUGGAUGAUGCGCAAUAUUGUCCACUUUAACACUCUUGCCAAUCAGGCUGUUGAGCGAGCUACCGGUUCAGAAGGACAGAAAAUCACCUACAACAUCAUCAAGCAGCGUUUAAGUGAUAUCAUCUAUCGGCUUGUGUCUAUGAAGUUUGAGGAUCCAGCUGAUGGCGAGGAUGAGCUGACUCAGAGAUACAAGAAACUGUAUGAUGAUUUGACUGCCGGAUUCAGGAACUUAGAGGACGAGUACCGUUAAUUUAUGACUAAACAUCUCUUUCAGUCUCAGCUAGAUGAGUCAUUUCACACAUCGGUGUAAAGCAAAUGAUAGUGAUGCAAUGUUAGAAUAAUCUCUCUGCCUCAACGUUUUUGACAGAGUUGUGAAGGGGUCACUUGGUUAUCCUAGUUUGUGGUAUACAUUGUAUUUUACAUGCAUUGUUGUUCUUGUUUAUGGAUCUGUGGUCUAAGAAAACACAUGUUAGGGAGACUUUGCAUGAUACGAUUCACUCGAAUAUAUGCGAUAAAUUGAGUUGAUGUAUUGUAAGCAUCAAUUCUCUCAA